AUGGAGAAUGCGCCAUCUAUGCUCGAUCUCAUGGCCCAGUUUGAGACCUCAACCACUCUCAGGGACAGCAGCGAAGCCAGGCCCGUGUGGCGAGCUCCAUGGGAGGACCAAGACAGUGCCUUCCAGACCGAGUUCGACUCUGAGCUCAGUUUCCUGUGCGAUAGAAUUCACGUCAAGGAAGACGAUCCGAUGAGCGUCGGCCAUCUGCCCUACAUCCUGUAA